UGUUAGGUAUAUGUUGGUAAUGAGUGGAGGUGACACAGCUAAAACCAUCCUUACACACAACCUACAUCCUCACACUAAAAAGUAGGGGACUAUAGACCCUGUACACCGACGUCCUCACACUAUAUGACUAAUGGGUAGGGGACUGUAGACACUGUAAGCUAAUAACUAAGACAUAAGCUGUGAGCUCUACAAGGCAGGAUGGGGUUUGGGUCUCAGCUGCUCUUGUUGAUGUGGAAGAACUAUACCCUCCGCAAGAGGCAAAAGUUUCGACUGUUACUUGAAAUAUUAUUUCCACUGACUUUAUUCUUCAUCCUUGUCAUCGUCCGACAGCGUCCCGAUCUCAGGACUCUUCAUGGCGAAUGUCACUUUGAGGGGAAGGCAAUGCCUAGUGCGGGAAAUUUACCGUGGCUACAGGGACUGGUGUGUACCUACAAUAACACCUGUCACGAUACAGUCACCACUGACGAGAUGGCUGGUCAGGUGCAGACCUUCAACACCUCUCUAUUAAGCGAGAUAGUGAGAGACAUCACCAGAAUACUAGAGGUGCAGGAUGUGUUGAAGGUGUACAACGAUAUUGUUUACGACUACUAUAUACUGAUGGAGGUGCUUGGACAGGUACAGAACGGUACCACUACAAGUAUGCUGAAUCUGGGUAACUUUGUGGGGAGCCGGCAGAAUUUGACUGAUCAACUCCAGCAGCAGAACAUAUCUUUGUCACCAGAUGCCAUUGAUAAGAUUCUCAAUUCCUCCAUCAACCUUAAUGGGUAUGAUCUAUCCACCGCCAAUGAAAUAUUGACAGAUUUCAGCGUCUGCCAACAAAAUCCACUUGUGUCGUCUGCUGACGAUUUCCGUAGUCUGCUGUGUACUACAGGAAAUAUCUCUCAGCUGCUGGUCUUUCAGGACCCAGCGGAUGCAGCAUAUGUCUUGGGCGAAAUCUGUGGCCUUGAUGAAGUUGAUUUCACGCAAGCUUUCCAAAUUCUAUUGAACCAGUUCGACCCUACUAGUCUUUCAGGCGAGAUUGGCAACUUCAUUACAAAUACCACAGGAAGGGCAACAAGAACAAAUCCGGCUGAACUAUUUCAGAUCUUCGAGGAGAUUGCUAGUACAGUGCCAGAUUUUACGAAUUUGAUAAACUCUGCAUCUGACCUGGUUCCAUUCAUGGACCUGUUUCGUGACAUCAGCAGCGGAAAUUUCUCUGGCGGUUCAGUGUCCUCCAUUGGGAGUAUGAUAUGUGGCAGGGAAGGCUCGUUCUUUAACUUCGGCGACGAUGACACCACAAAUGUACAAGGAGUCGGGAAACAAGGGGGGCAACCCAACCAGGGAAAUACCAACUCUGGAACAACUGAUGUUCCCUCUGUGACCCCUAGACAACCCCCUUCAACAGCUGCACCUUCCAGCUCCGGAGGCAGAUCUUAUAAUUCUGGUAUGUGCAGUAGCAUUGCAGCCUCUUUGGGCAGUGGCUCCGGAAGCAGCUACAUCUGGACACAGCUGAGGCCGUUACUACAGGGAGAAAUCUUCUACUACCCGGACACCCCUGAUAUACAGAUACUCAUCAAAGAGACGAACAAGACGUUUGAAGACUUGGCCAGUUUCAGUGAAGUUGUAAUGGAACUGGACACAGAGACACUGAUGCUUGAAUCUUCCUUAGAGAUGCUUACGAAUUUCACGGGAUCUUGUCUGUGUGAACUACUGGAGAAUGCCACCGCUGGGUUAGACUUGGCUCAGGUCAUCUCCUCCCAGUUAUACCCCCUUCCAAGCUUCGUGCCCAGCUUCCUCAUCAACUUGAGCAUUCAAGAGGUGGAGGAUUAUAUCAACAGCAACCAAUAUUAUAUGAUGAUCAAGAACCCCAACGAGAGCUUUUGUCAGUUCCUCAACAACUACCUGGUCAACGGGUCACUAGCAGCAAACAUUGACCUUCGUGACACCCUGGGAAUAAUAGAGCAGGUGGCAAGCAUGGUUUCAGAAUAUACACAGUGUAUCAACUUUGACCGGUUUCGUGGGUUCAAUGACUACGAGGCAUUUGUGCAGGCCAGUAAGGAUGGCAUAGGAGCAAGCACGUUUUUUGCAGGCCUACAGUUUGACGAGGUGAGGAUGGACAGUCAGAAGCGACCAACCUUUGUCAACUACAAGAUACGCAUGGACCCAGACAAAGUGGACAGCACCAAGAGAGUCCAAGACAGGUACUGGCGUCCUGGCCCGAGACGUACACCAGCCAUCGACACCAAGUACACAACCUUUGGGUUCUCGUAUAUCCAGGACAUGGUGGACCACGCUAUCAUCCGUCUGCAGACUGACACCAAACAGGACACUGGCAUCAUGCUCCAGAUGUUCCCCUACCCUUGUUACGUAGAGGACAAGUUUGUUAAUGCCAUCUCUCGGUCGCUGCCGCUGUUUCUGGUCCUGGCCUGGGUACUCACUGUGGCCAUGAUUUGUAAGAAUGUGGUGUACGAGAAGGAGAAGCGCCUGAAGGAAGUGAUGAAGAUAAUGGGACUGGGAAACCUGGUUCACUGGGUCGCCUGGUUCAUCAACGCCUUCGUCGUCAUGUUCAUCACCAUACUCCUCCUUGUCCUCCUCGUCAAGGGUGGGAAGGUGCUGGAGUUUUCAGAUCCGAGUGUACUGAUCUUUUUCUUCACUGUGUUUGCGAUAUCCACGAUCAUGCAGUGUUUCCUAAUCAGUGUGUUCUUCAGCCGAGCCAACCUGGCUGCCUGCUGUGCUGGCUUCAUCUAUUUUGUGCUGUACCUACCCUACAACUUGUCAAUACAGUGGGAAGAUCAGAUGACCGGUGGUCACAAGUUCCUGGGGAGUCUGUCCUCAGGCGUGGCGUUUGGGUUUGGCUGUAGCUAUAUAGCCCGGUACGAGGAGCAGGCCAUAGGCAUCCAGUGGUAUAACCUGGCAGAGACCCCCACAGUGGACGACGAGUUCAACAUGCUCUUCUGUAUCAUAAUGAUGUUGGUCGACUCAGUCAUAUAUGCCAUGUUUGUGUGGUACAUUGAGGCAGUGUUCCCUGGUGACUUUGGAAUCCCCCGUAAGUGGUACUUCCCCAUCCAGAAGUCGUACUGGUGUGGUACCGCAGGAGCACACUCUGUCGAUGGAAUGGCCUACGCUAUUGGGGAAUCCACGCUGGAACUGAACGGUUCAUCUGUACGAACUAUGGAGAAGGAGCCCACCCACCGACGUCUCGGCGUGGCCAUACGGAAGCUCAAGAAGGUUUACGCCCAAGGCAAGAAGGUCGCUGUGGAUGGACUGACCAUGAACUUCUACGAGGGUCAGAUCACCUCCUUCCUCGGCCAUAAUGGUGCAGGAAAGACAACCACCAUGUCUAUUUUGACGGGUCUUUUCCCUCCGACCGAAGGAACUGCCUUCAUCUAUGGGAAGGAUAUCAGGACGGACAUAGACGAGAUCAGACAGAGUAUAGGCAUGUGUCCCCAACAUAACGUCCUGUUUGACCAUUUAACAGUUGAAGAACACCUGUGGUUCUUUGCACGGAUGCGAGGGCUGAGCCCUAAAAAGGUUGAGAGGGAGAUGGAACAGAUGAUUAAGGAUGUAGGUCUGCCACACAAACGCAAGGAGCUCUCCAGCAGCUUAUCAGGUGGUAUGAAGAGGAAGCUCUCUGUGGCUAUCGCUUUCUGUGGAAAUUCCAAGACUGUGAUCCUGGACGAGCCGACGGCUGGUGUUGAUCCUUACGCCAGACGGUCUAUCUGGGAACUCCUCUUCAAGGUCAAGAAAAACCGUACAAUCCUGCUGUCAACUCACCACAUGGAUGAAGCCGACAUCCUCGGAGACAGGAUAGCGAUCAUCUCACAGGGCAAGCUCUGCUGUUGUGGCUCCAGCCUCUUCCUCAAGUCUCUCUACGGUAGCGGCUACUAUCUGACAAUGGUCCAGUCCAAUGGGGAAGACAGGGAUGAAGAUGACUAUAUUGACAGUGUAGAGGUGAAAAAGGAAGUGAUCAAAUCGGCCGGAAAGUAUGACAUGUUGAACAGCUUCCAGCUAGAAGAGAGGCCCAUGUCUGCCGGGAGUGUCCGAUCAGGCAACAGUACCAGGACCAUCAAACAAGUCGAGCCAUCGCUAUCAGAUACACUGGAUGAAGGUUAUGCUGAUAGUAAUACAGAGAGAAGUGACAGCGACCCCCCUACUCCACCUCCUGAGUCAGCUACCAUGAUCCCAGGAUUUAGUGUGGAGCGAGUGUCAGCAUUUGUAAGGAAGUACGUGCCUCAAGCCUGUCUAGUAGAGGAUAACAAUGCUGAACUGACCUUCCAACUCCCCGACCAGGCAGCGCAGGAAGGAAAGUUCCACAAACUUUUCCUCGGUCUGGAAAAAUGUCACAAGGACCUCGGCAUCUCCAGCUUCGGCAUCUCAGAUACAAGUCUUGAAGAGGUUUUCCUGAAAGUCACAGAGGAACAUUCAAAAGAUGAGGAACUGGAUGAUGAGUUGUUGAGAAACAAACAGGAGGAGACAAGUGACAAUGGACGAAUUGCUAAAUCUGUUACACGGCUGAGCUUCAGGAAGAAGAAGAAAUCAUUCCUCAAAACUUUGGCUCAAGCAUCAAAACGUGGAAAGGCUAAGGUGGACACUGAUGAUCUGUUGGCUGAUACAGUCAGUUUUGCAGUUGGAAAAUUGCAAUCAGGAGAGUCGGUAGUGUCUGAGGCAGUGACAGAGAAAGGCGAUGAUGCUGGCUUCAACCAUAAACAGAUGUCAAGAAUUGUUGGCAAAUGGCUAAUUGUUCGCCAGUUCAUCGCUCUGUUCCUCAAGAGAUUCCAUCGUGUGCGGAGGAGUAAGAAGGGAUUUCUUUGUGAGAUUGUGCUUCCUGCCAUAUUUGUGUUGUUGGCUAUGAUAUUUGCGGAGAUAUCCCCACCCCUGACUGAGGAGCCUGCCCUGGAGCUGCACCCCUGGCACUAUAUCCCCAAACUGGGUGAUAAGAAACUGUACAUGUUCUACAGUAUGGACGGUCCCAGCUCAAAAGGAGAGAAGAACCUUGAAAUGCUUGUGAAAAAUCCUUGUGUCGGCAACAGAUGCAUGAAUCCCUCUAUACAUUCCAUAUCUGAAUUUCCCUGUGAAGGUGACUGGAGAAGUAAGGCUAUCAGGCAAUGGUCCUCAGCUGCUGUGGCAGGGAGAAACAACCCCCAGUGUUCCUGUGACUCUGGCUGGCAGAGAUGUCCUGAUGGUGCUGGAGGUCCAGAGCCAUCCUUUGUCAACCUUCCCACCACUGAUACGCUGUACAACAUGACGACCCGUAACAUUAGUGAAUGGAUUCUCAGAACUCACAAACGUUACUUAAAGAGAAGGUACGGUGGGUUUUCCUUUGGAGAUGUAGAGCCUGAGGCUGUGGAACUACAGAAGGCCCUACAGAAUGCCUCUCAGGUUCUAAACACUACCUCACCAGAUUGGGACUGGGUCCGCGACCUCUUCUCUAGCGACGUUAACAAGGUGUGGUACAACAACAAGGGCUGGGCGGCCAUUGUUGCGUAUACAAAUGUGAUGAACAACCUGAUUCUACGUAGCAUGGCACCCAACAUUUCAAAACCGACAGACUACGGCAUCGUCACCUUCAACCACCCAGUGGAAUACACCAAGUCUCAGCUAACCAACAAACUACUGCGAGCUGGUGGGGUGGACCUGGUGAUAGCCAUCUGUAUGAUCUUUGCCAUGUCCUUCAUACCGGCCAGCUUUACCAUGGUACUGAUAGAGGAACGCGCGUCCAACUCCAAACAUCUACAGUUUGUGAGCGGAGUGAACCCAACUGUGUACUGGAUAUCCAACACUGCCUGGGACAUGAUGAGCUACUUUGUGUCCUGUGUGCUGAUGUUGUUCAUCUUCCUUGCGUUUGGACGGGAAGCCUAUGUUGGUCCUAUGAAUGGGCCCUGUCUGCUAGCCCUUCUCUUUUUCUAUGGGUGGGCUAUGAUCCCAGUGAUGCACCCAUUCAGUCGAUUAUUCAGUAUUCCUAGCACUGCCAUGGUAACACUACAGUCUAUCAACAUCUUCCUUGGCACCACCUCGACCAUGGCAACCUUCAUCUUGGAAUUCCUGGAAAGGGACGAUGAGGAGUUGAAGAAUAUUAACAUCUUACUGAAGAAAGUGUUCCUGAUAUUCCCCCAGUACUGUCUGGGCCGAGGCCUUAUGGAUAUGUCCACCAACCAGCUAUACGCAGAGGCCAAUGCAGAGUUUGGGUUCUCCUCUGGUGGGCCACCAAGUCCAUUUGAGUUCGAUCAAGUCGGCAAGAAUCUGUUGGCUCUGUUCAUUGUUGGUCUAGUUUUCUUCAUUUUCAAUAUCCUCAUUGAGUAUAACUUCUGUAUCAAGCGAGGAAUCAAGUGUUUCUGGCAGAGGAAGCCAACUCAUGCCAGCUUGGAGGAUGAAGAUCCUGAUGUUGCCCGAGAAAGGAAACGUAUCAUGGAGAAAAAAAAUCCAGAUGAUGUAUUAAGAAUAGCGGGACUAACAAAGGUAUAUGGACUAAGAGGUAAGAAAGGCAGGAACACUGCUGUGGAUAGUCUUUGUGUAGGGGUCCCGAAGGGCCAGUGCUUUGGACUUUUGGGGGUUAAUGGGGCCGGCAAGACUACCACCUUCAAGAUGCUUACUGGUGACGUCAGUGUUUCAGAAGGCAACGCCUAUGUCAAUGGCCACAGUAUCCUCUCAGACAUGGUCAGUGUACACAGGAGUAUUGGGUACUGUCCACAGUUUGACGCCUUCGACAGUCUACUCACGGGCAGAGAAAUCCUGUCAUUUUACGCUAGGCUCCGUGGCAUUCCUGAGAAGGACAUCAAAGAGGUUGCUGAGUGGGCUAUAAGGAAACUGAACCUGUUACAGUAUGCUGACAAAUUAUCAGAAGGUUACUCCGGGGGAAACAAGCGGAAGCUGUCCACAGCCAUCUCUCUCAUUGGCAACCCCUCCAUUAUAUUUCUGGAUGAACCAACAACAGGCAUGGAUCCUCGGGCCCGGAGAUUUUUGUGGAAUUGUAUUAACGCCAUUGUAAAGGAUGGCCGAUCUGUGAUACUAACCUCACACAGUAUGGAGGAGUGUGAGGCUCUGUGUAGUCGCUUAGGAAUCAUGGUCAAUGGAAGGUUUAUGUGUAUGGGCAGUACUCAGCAUCUCAAAAACAGGUUUGGAGAGGGAUACACAGUGAUCUUCCGUGUGGCUGGAGAGCGUCCUAAUCUUAAACGCGUGCACGACUUCAUCAUGCAGACGUUCGCAGGGGCAGAACUGAAGGAAAAACACUACAACAUGGUCCAGUACCAGCUCAAGUGUGACGUCAAACUGUCCAACCUGUUCCGACAGAUUGAGGAGGUCAGACAGGAGCUGAAUGUCGAGGACUAUUCUGUAUCCCAGACUACGAUGGACCAGGUGUUCAUUAAUUUUGCCAAGCUGCAGACAGACUUGUUGGAUGAUGAACCAGAUCAAAAGGAACUGGAUAAAGAUCUGGAUGCGACUACAAUGCCCGUUACUGGAAUGUCUGGUGAAACAAAUAUUGAUGAAGAAAGUGUUGCAGGCAGUACUCUAGAUCUUCUUCCUGGCAGGAACAGGAGUGUAUCAGAUGUAGACCGGACGCUGAACCUGAGAGAGAUAAACAAUCGCUAUGAGUACACAGACGAGGAGAGUUUAGCCGGCAGUACAGUUGACCUGAUUCGCCCUGGCAGUGCUCGUAGCAGUCAGCGCAGUACUCUCCAAUCAAACGAUUUCCCAAACGUGGAUAUAUUCUAACUGUGAUGUGUGGAUCGUGGUAUCCAAAACAGACAUUGUCUUGUGGAUCAAGACAAUAUUUAUUGAUGUAUAUAAAAAAAAUGCAUUUCAAGGUUCAUUUAUGGAUGUUACAUAAACUCCAGGCUUCUUCUUAUGGAUCAAAACUUUACCUAAAGUGCUGUUUUGUGAUGGACCAAUAAUAAUUAUAAUAUAAGUGGCACACAGAAAACUAUCUGUAAAUCAUAUUUUUACUUUGUACAUAUAAAAUGGCAUCACACGACAUUCUGUAAAGCCUACUAUUACUUAAUACAUAUGAAAUGGCGUCACACACAAGACAUUCUGUAAAGCCUACUAUUACUUUAUACAUAUGAAAUGGCGUCACACACAAGACAUUCUGUAAGGCCUACUAUUACUUGGUACAUAUAAAAUGGCGUCACACAAGACAUUCUGUAAGGCCUACUAUUACUUAGUUCAUAUGAAAUGGCGUCACACACAUGACAUUCUGUAAGGCCUCCUAUUACUUAGUACAUAUGAAAUGGCGUCGCACACAAGACAUUCUGUAUGGCAAACUAUUAUUUAGUACAUAUGAAAUGGCGUCACACACAAGACAUUCUGUAAGGCCUACUUUUACUUUGUACUUACAAAAUGGCACCAUCAUACACAAGACACCA